CCGCGUGGGGCUGGCGGCAGCGGGAGGCCGGGGGCUGCGGGUAGAAAUCGGGAGCGUGACUCAGCCAACUCGAGUAAACUCGGGGCUUUGCCUGGGCGCUGCGGCGUCUCGGCAGGCACCGCUUCCGCAGCCUGAUUUGCUGGGAGGCAGCCAGCCGCCCUGCCAUCUCCUCCUCUCUGCAGGCAGCUUGCAGGCGCCUCUGCCCGAUUCUCCGCUCGUCGCCUGCGUCCCCAGCGACAAAAUGACCCGCCGGAGGAGAAGGACACGGGGCUGAAUCCCUACGACGGGCACGGAGCAGAGGAGCUGGUGAUGCGGCUGGAGGAUGCUGCGGGGAAGGAUGGAGAUGUUCAGGACCUCCCAGCCUAGGAACAGGAGAGAGGAGGCCAAGCGGGGCAAGACGCAGCAGCCAUGGCCGCGUGUGGCCGGCGUACCAAGGUGCUACCCUCCGAAGUGAUCAAAGUGUGCCCCGAGAGAGGAGACGACCCCGCCACGCACCCCAAGAAGAUGAGCGACUUCGAGGUGGUCCCCAACCUCCAGCAGAGCAGCAGCAGCGUCUCGAAGAGCAGGCGGAAGGCACAUUUCCCCGCUGGCAGCAAUGAAAAGGAAAAUCUCAUCUCGUGGAUUCCUGAAAACAUCCGUAAGAAAGAGUGCACCUACUUUGUUGAAAGCUCCCGGACAUCAGAUUCUGGGAGGAUUGUGUGCGAGUGCGGCUACCUCAGGGAACAGCACCUGGAGGAUGCUGCCAAACCUCCCAUCUUCCUGGGGAAGGAGUGGGACCCCAGCAGGCACAUCCAGGAAAUGCCGACAGAUGCCUUCGGUGACAUCCACUUCACGGGCCUGGGGCAGAAGACGGGGAAGUAUGUGCGCGUCUCCUCAGAUACCCCUCCACGGGUCAUCUACCACCUCAUGACACAGCACUGGGGCCUCGAUGCACCCAACCUGCUCAUCUCAGUCACCGGAGGAGCCAAAAACUUCAUCAUGAAGCCAAGACUGAAGAACAUCUUCCGGCAAGGGCUUGUCAAAGUGGCCCAGACCACUGGGGCCUGGAUCAUCACAGGGGGGUCCCACGCUGGUGUGAUGAAACAGGUGGGAGAAGCAGUGCGAGACUUCAUCCUGAGCGGCAGCCACAAGGAGGGCGAGAUUGUCACCAUUGGCAUAGCCACCUGGGGGACCGUGUACAACCGAGAGAGCCUCAUCUGCCCCAUGGGUGGCUUUCCAGCUGAGUACGUAUUGGAUGAGGAGAACCAAGGCAGCCUGUCAUGCCUGGACAGCAAUCACUCCCACUUCAUCCUGGUGGACGAUGGCACCCACGGGAGGUACGGGGUGGAAAUCACCCUGAGGACCAGACUGGAGAAGUUCAUUUCAGAGCAGACCAAGGUGAAAGGAGGCGUCGCCAUCAAGAUCCCCAUCGUGUGCGUGGUGCUGGAAGGAGGCCCCGGGACACUCGACACCAUCUACAACGCCAUCACCAACGGGACCCCCUGUGUGAUUGUGGAAGGGUCUGGGCGUGUGGCCGAUGUCAUCGCGCAGGUGGCCAACCUGCCUGUGUCCAAGAUAACCAUUGCAUUGAUCCAGAAGAAGCUGAGUGUGUUCUUCCACGACACCUAUGAGCUCUUCACUGAGAGCAAGCUGGUGGAGUGGACCAAGAAGAUCCAAGACAUAGUGCGGAGCCGUCAGCUCCUGACCAUUUUCAGAGAGGGCAAAUAUGGCCAGCAGGACGUGGAUGUGGCCAUCCUCCAGGCCUUGUUCAAAGCAUCCCGAAACCAGGACCAUUUUGGCCAUGAGAACUGGGACCAUCAGCUGAAGUUAGCUGUGGCCUGGAACAGGGUGGAUAUUGCUCGCAGUGAGAUCUUCACGGACGACCAUGAGUGGAAGCCCACAGAUCUCCACCCCGUGAUGGCAGCUGCCCUGAUCUCCAACAAGCCAGAGUUUGUGAAGCUGUUCCUGGAGCAGGGAGUGCGUCUCAAGGAGUUUGUCACCUGGGACACCCUGGUUUACCUCUACGACAACAUGGCCCCAUCCUGCCUCUUCCACAGCAAGCUGCAGAAGGUCCUUCUGGAGGAGAGAGAGCACACAGCUGGCUCUAAAAUGCCAAGAAUCCAACUGCAUCAUGUCUCCCAGGUGCUGCGGGAGCUGCUGGGCUGCUCCACGCAGCCUCUCUACCCCAAGCCCAAGCACACGGAGCGGCCCCGGCUCUCCAUCCCCGUCCCACACAUCAAGCUGAAUGUUCAGGGGUCAAGUCUCCGGUCCCUCUACAAGCGCUCUGCCGGCCGAGUCAUCUUCACCAUGGACCCAGUCCGCGACCUGCUUAUCUGGGCUGUGGUCCAGAACCGCAAGGAGCUGGCAGAAAUCAUCUGGGCCCAGAGCCAGGACUGCAUGGUGGCCGCGCUGGCCUGCAGCAAAAUCCUGAAGGAGCUCGCCAAGGAGGAGGAAGACACUGACACCACCGAUGACAUGCUGGCCCUGGCCGAGCAGUACGAGCAGAAGGCGAUCGGUGUGUUCACAGACUGCUACCGCAAGGAUGAAGAGAGAGCCCAGAAGCUCCUCACCCGUGUCUCUGAGGCCUGGGGGAAGACAACCUGUCUGCAGUUGGCAUUGGAGGCCAAGAACAUGAAUUUUGUGUCCCAUGGGGGUGUCCAGGCCUUUCUAACCAAAGUCUGGUGGGGGAAGAUGUGCGUGGACAAUGGGCUUUGGCGGGUGAUUGCCUGCAUGCUCUUCUUCCCACUUCUCUACACCAGCCUCAUCACCUUCAGGUACUUCUUGCAGCCGGGGCAUGCGUACACCAAGGCUGGCUGGGAGAAGCUGCCGUGGCAUUUUCCUGAGCAUCUGAGCCCCACUUCCACCCCUGCUCCCCACAGGGAGAAGAGGCUGCAGCCCGCAGGCUGCCUGACGCGCCUCCGAGCCUUCUUCACGGCACCUGUUGUCAUCUUCCUUAUGAACAUCCUCUCUUACUUCACCUUCCUCCUGCUCUUCGCCUACGUCCUAAUGGUUGACUUCCAGCCGUCGCCAUCCUGGCGGGAGUACCUCGUCUACUUCUGGCUCUUCUCUCUGGUGUGCGAGGAGACCCGCCAGCUCUUGUACGAUCCAGAUGGGUUUGGGGUUGUGAAAAUGGCUUCCCUGUACUUCAAGGACUUCUGGAAUAAGCUGGAUGUCUGCGCCAUCCUAGUCUUUAUCACAGGGCUGGCUUGCAGGCUGAUCCCAUCAACUUUAUAUCCCGGGCGCAUCAUACUGUCCCUGGCUUUUAUCAUUUUCUGCCUGCGACUGAUGCACAUUUUCACAGUCAGUAAAACGCUGGGGCCCAAGAUCAUCAUUGUGAAGCGCAUGCUGAAGGAUGUCUUCUUCUUCCUCUUCCUGCUAGCAGUGUGGGUGGUGUCCUUUGGGGUUGCCAAACAGGCCAUCCUGAUCCACAACGAGGAACGCGUGGAGUGGCUUUUCCGUGGGGUGGUCUACCACUCCUACCUGACCAUCUUUGGCCAGAUUCCCUCCUACAUUGAUGGGGUCAACUUCAACAUUGACCAGUGCAGCCCCAACGGGACCGACCCCUACAAGCCCAAGUGCCCAGAGACAAAUGAGGACAGCAAGAAACCUAUCUUCCCAGAGUGGCUGACGGUCAUCUUACUGUGCCUGUACCUGCUCUUCACCAACAUCCUCCUCCUCAACCUCCUCAUCGCCAUGUUCAACUACACCUUCCAGCAGGUCCAGGAGCACACGGACCAGAUCUGGAAGUUCCAGCGGCACGAUCUGAUUGAGGAGUACCAUGGCCGCCCGCCCGCACCUCCACCCUUCAUCCUCCUCAACCACCUGCAGAUCCUGGUCCGGCGAUGCUUGCUCCGCAGGCCAUCCACCCGCCACAAACAGCUCAAAGAGAAGCUGGAGAAGAACGAAGAAGCUGCCCUCCUCUCUUGGGAGAUGUACCUGAAGGAGAACUACCUGCAGCACCAGCAGUGCCAGGAGAAGCAGAACACGGAGCAGAAGAUUCGAGACAUUGCAGAGAGGGUUGACGUACUGGCAGAGCUGCUGGACUUGGACCGGGUGAAGAGGACGGGGCUGGUGGAGCAGAGACUGGUCUCUCUAGAAGACCAGGUCCAUCAGACUGCCCAGGCCCUGAGGUGGAUAAUGCAGGCGCUGCAGGGCAAUGGCUUUGGCUCGGGCGAGGACGUGCCACCUGUGGGCUCCAGCAAAGCCUCGGAGAUGAAGGAGGUUGACCUGGAGGGGAAAGCCGAGGAGAGCCGGCCCCCGUACCACGUGCUUGCCCGAAACCUCCUGUACCCAGGGUCUCACACCCUCCGCUUCCCUGUGCCGGAUGAGAAGGUGCCCUGGGAGGUGGACUUCCCGCUCUAUGACCCUCCUGCCUACUCGGCCGACCACAAGGACAUGGCUGUGCAGGACCCGUUCAGCCCCUCCUUGGAGUCUCUCCUGAAGAUCAACUACAACACCAUGGAUGGGCUGAUCGACCGGCAGAGCUUCCACGGCCUCUAUGCCGUGCAGGAUGGGCUGCCGCUGAACCCCAUGGGCAGGACGGGGCUGCGAGGCCGUGGGAGGCUGCACUGCUUUGGGCCCAACCAUGCCCUGCACCCCGUUGUGACCCGCUGGAGGAGGAAUUUGGAUGGGUCCAUCAUAAGGAAGAGCCUGAAGAAGAUGCUGGAAGUCCUAGUGGCCCAGUACCCGCUGUCAGAUGUCUGGGCUCUGCCUGGGGGGUCACUGGAGCCGGGCGAGACACUGCCACUGAAGCUCAAGUGGAUCCUGCGCCGGGAGUUCUGGCCCCAGUUCCAGAACUUGCUGAAACAAGGCACUGAGGUACACAAGGGGUACCUCGAUGACCCCCGCAACACGGAUAAUGCCUGGGUCGAGACGGUGGCCGUCAGUGUCCACUUCGACAACCAGAACGAUGUGGAGAUGAAGCGGCUGAAUUCGUUCCUCCAAGGCUGCGACCCGGAGCUGUGCGUCCGCUGGCAGGUGCUGGACAAGAGGAUCCCCCUGCACGCCAACCACAAGGAGCUCCUGCACAAGGUCUCAACUCUCCUCGGCGCCUAUUACUGAGUCCUCAAGCACAGGCCAAGGGCUCCUGCUGCCCCAGACCAGGUUCGGGUUGGGACCUGCAGCUCUACCACAGCUCACCUGUGAGACCAUGGGGAGCUACUGGAGACUAGGUACUGUGGUUGCCUCUGUGAAUGUACAUUGCAGGUCUCUGGGAGGAAAACUGUCCCCUCUCCAGCAGCCGGGGGGGCAGGGGCUGCCUGGGCAGUGCCUAUGUGGCAUCCUGGUCACCUGAGCCACCAAGCUCAGCCCCAGCUUCUCCCUCGGUGCUUCCACAUCAGCCACAGCACUUGAAAUUGGGGCAAGCAGAGCCCCAGGGCUGCUCCUGCAAGUUGUUCCUUCUCUCAGCUCCCACCUGCUCUUUGCUUUGGUGUGGGCACUGGGGACUUGUCAACCCCAGCUACCCCUCCACCCAGUGCAUCCACUGGGCACCUCUGCUUCCCUGCUCCCACUGCCACAGCUCCCAGAGGAUUGCUCUGGAGAAGGCUUGGGCUCUUUUGCACCUAAAGCUCCUGACCGCCCUGCAAGUCGCUCCUGUGGCAGCUGUUCCCAUAUCUCUGGUUGCCUCCAAGCCAACAACAUGGUCCUGAGCUGUGAUCCAGCACUUUGGAAGGUGUGAGCAGCUCUUGGCUUGUGUACCUAUGGUUUCAUAGCUCCGCACUGGUCCACGCCCCACGUCCCAUACUGAUAUGUGAUCCUGCGUGUGUAUGCUGAGCACCGUCUUGUAGCCGAACCCCUUCCCGCUGUCUGAGCCAAGUCACCGGCUAAGUGUCACCUGCCUGUCCCAUCCCCUUGUGCACAUGGACGGAAAGGGGCAGCUUGCUGGGACCCAGGUGAUCCAUGCUCUGUGGUCCCUUGGGCAGGUAGGGACAGGAAAGAGGACAUCAGCAUGGCCAUCCCAGACAUUUCUACUCUUAAGGGGUCCUUCACUCCCCUUUUCUGUUGCCUGCCAUGGGGAGAACAAUGGAGACAUUUCCAUUAUGCCUGGGACUGCUCAGGGAGGGAUGUCGGUUCCCUCACCCUCUCCCGAUGGAUCCGACACUGGCCAGCCAGGGCUGUUCUUCCCACACCCGUGGCCAUCACAGCACAACUGCAGUUUCACCAGUGAUGCACUGGGGGCUUG